GGGCAAAGGUGUGCGCGGCGGCGAACUACGGCUUCCGCCCGGCUUUGCGGCGGGCACCGCCGGCUUCCGCCCGGCCGGGGGACCGUGGCGCGCGGGUCGACGGCGCGGUGCGGAGGAGGGUGGCACGGCCGGGCGCCGGGCGCGGCGCGGGGCUGCCGCCAUGCACAGAAAACACCUCCAGGAGAUACCAUCCUUCACCAGCAAUGUUUCCAGCAGCUUCACCUGGGACUGCGACUCCGGCAAGACCUUGAAGUCCCUCUCGGGCCUGGGAGUGUCCGUCCUUAAGAAAGACAAGCUGGGCAAUGAAAACACACCACAGGACUUGCUGGUGUCUUCGUCCUGUCCUCCUCCGAAACGGCAGAAGGUGAAGGACUUCAUCAUUGUGCGUCGGCUUCGGCUGCUCCAAGAGGCAGAGUCAGGUGUUUCUUGGGAUGUACUUCCAGAUGAAUUGCUUUUGGCAAUCUUUGCAUGUUUGCCUCUAAAUGACUUGCUAAAAGUUUCCGUGAUUUGCAAGAGAUGGCAUCGUCUUUCGUUUGAUGAAUCUCUCUGGCAUACUCUUGAUCUGACUGGUAGAAAUCUGCUGCCAGGAGUGAUUGGACAGUUGCUGCCUGCAGGUGUUACUGCAUUCCGCUGCCCAAGAUCCUAUAUUGGGAAUCCAUUGUUUAAAACAAGCAAAUCUCUCAGAAUUCAACAUAUGGAUUUGUCAAACUGCACAGUGUCUGUGGCAGAUCUCCAGAGUAUUCUUUGUCUAUGUGAAAGGCUGCAGAACCUCAGCUUGGAGGGACUAGUACUUUCUGACAACAUCAUCAAGAACAUUGCUAAGAAUCCUGAUUUGAUGCGACUAAAUCUCUGUGGGUGCUCGGGGUUUUCUGCAGAAGCCUUGAAGCUGAUGUUGAACAGCUGUUCUACGCUGGAGGAGCUGAACUUGUCCUGGUGUGACUUCACAGCCACCCAUGUCAAAGCAGCAGUCAAUCACAUCACUUCAAAAGUAAUGCAAUUAAAUUUAAGUGGAUACAGACAGAAUCUACAAAUACAAGACGUUAAAACACUGGUGGAAAGGUGUCCUUCUCUCACCCAUUUAGAUCUAAGUGACAGUGUGAUGUUAAAGCCUGAGUGCUUCUGGUAUUUUCAUCAACUCAUCUUUCUACAACAUCUGUGUCUUAGCCGAUGUUACCAGAUAUCACCUGCUUCCUUAAUAGAACUUCGUGAAAUUCCAACAUUAAAGACUCUUCAGGUGUUUGGAAUAGUGAAUGAUAGCUCUUUACAGCUCCUCAGGGAAAUGCUUCCUGGCAUCAAGAUCAAUUGUUCACCCUUUACAAGUAUCGCAAGGCCAACUGUUAGCAGCAAAAAGAACCAUGAGAUUUGGGGCGUCAAAUGCAGAUUGAAAAUCCUGAGAAAUCCUUGUGGCAUAUGAUCAUGUACAAUGCACUGGGUGCAAUGGACACGCUGUGUACUGGAGCUCCUUAAGCAGCAGAGUGCUGGAGCACCUUUAAUCAUAGUACUGUUACUAUUAAAAAUCAUUCUAACUUGG